GCUGAGCGGAGCUCCACAGCAGCCGAACACGCUGCACUCCCCAGCACUUCCUUCUACCUGCCCUGUACGCGUCCACAACUCCAAGUCUCAGGUCCGGCUUCUUCCUGAACACGUUGUUUACCAGUGACGUCACCGACGCAGGCUGAUGACGUGGCUCCUGGUUGGCAGUGACAGUCCUGUAACCAACAUGGAGGGGAAAAAGAGUUCUUCAGCCUUGAUAGGGGGGCCGGAGUCAGUGAGGGAGAUGAUGCGGGAAGAUUGCUACACUGAUUUUUUACGUGACGACUUUGAUGUCAAAAUCUAUACCUCCCAGUCCAUUCACCAGGCUGUGAUUGCAGAACAACUGGCAAAGCUGGCACAAGGCAUCAGUCAGUUAGAUAAAGAGUUGCAUUUACAGGUGGUUGCAAGACAUGAAGACCUUUUGGCACAAGCAACAGGAAUGGAGUCUUUGGAAGGUGUUCUUCAGAUGAUGCAGACUCGUAUUGGAGCGCUACAGAGUGCAAUUGAUAGAAUCAGAACAAAGAUUGUUGAUCCAUAUAACAAAAUUGUAUCACGCACUUCACAGUUGGCACGUCUUCAAUCAGCUUGUGACUUGCUUCGGAGAAUUAUACGUAUCCUGUAUCUGAGCAAGAGACUUCAAAGUCAGCUGCAGGGUGGGAGCAGAGAAAUUACCAAAGCUGCUCAGAGUUUGAAUGAGUUGGACUACCUUUCUCAAGGGGUGGACCUUUCAGGAAUAGAAGUUAUUGAGAAUGAUCUGCUGUUCAUUGGUAGAGCACGCCUUGAAGUUGAAAACCAAGCAAAGCGCCUGCUGGAGCAGGGUGUUGAAACCCAGAAUCCAACACAAGUUGGGACAGCAUUACAAGUGUUCUACAACCUGGGAGCUCUAAAAGAUACCAUUAGCGGUGUUGUGGAUGGUUAUUGCACAGCACUUGAUGAGAAUAUCAACAACGCUCUUGAUAUAAAGGUUCUAACGCAAACAUCACAAGCUGUUCAGAGAGGAGCACCAGGCCGUGCAGCUAUGCCUCAGCCGGGGAACACUGCAGCUUUUCGAGCAGCUCUUUGGACCAAUAUGGAGAAACUAAUGGAUCAAAUUUAUGCAGCCUGUGUUCAGGUGCAGCAUCUCCAGAAAGUUUUGACAAAAAAAAGAGACCCUGUGUCCCAUGUUUGUUUUGUUGAUGAAAUUUCAAAGGAUGGUCAGUCAGAUAUUUUAUACACAUUCUGGAAUUCUGUCACACAGAUACUUUCAUCUCAUUUUGAAAAAGCAACAACCUCUUCAACCUUCCUGAAACAGGCUUUUGAAGGCGAAUAUCCUAAACUAUUAAGAUUAUACAAUGACUUGUGGAAACGUCUCCAGCAAUACAGUCAGAACUUACAAGGUUCCUUUACAAGUAGUGGGAACUCUGAUUUUGUCCCUGAGAUACAGCAAAUUGAAGAUGGCACACAAGAUGUUUUCAUGAUGAAGAAACUAGAUCACGAUCCAGAAAAAACUUUGAAGGACUCCUUGCAACCAUAUGAAGCUGCCUACCUGUCUAAAUCCCUGUCUAGGCUCUUUGAUCCCAUUAAUCUGGUCUUUCCCCCAGGAGGACGAAACCCUCCUUCAGUUGAUGAACUUGAGAGUAUAAUCAAAACUAUAGCAAGUGAAAUGAAUGUGGCUGCUGUGGACCCACAUCUCUGCAUUGCUGUCUCCAAAAAUGUUGCAAAGACCAUACAGCUUUUUGGUGUGAAGUCUGAACAGCUUUUGUCUACUCAGGGAGAAGCAAGUCAGGUGAUUGGACCUCUUACAGAAGGUCAGCGAAGAAAUGUGGCUGUGGUCAAUUCACUUUACAGGCUUCAUCAAUCCAUUCAAAAGGUGUUAAUAUCAGGUCAGAGUUCACUUCCUGGAGCAGCAGAACAGAAUAUAACUGCAGCCAUGAAGACUAUAGAUAAUCUAAUGGGAAAUGCUGUGCAGCCUCUAAUAAACUCAGUGGGUGACUCUGUUGAAGCCAUUAUCAUAACUAUGCACCAAGAAGACUUCUCAGGAAGCCUAAUGAAUUCAGGAAAGCCAGAUGUCCCAUGUUCAUUGUACAUGAAAGAAUUACAAGGCUUUAUUGCAAGAGUCAUGAAUGACUAUUUUCGCCACUUUGACUGCACUGAUUUUGUGUAUGAUAAUACUGAAGCCAUUGCCCAAAGAGCAAUAGAACUCUUCAUACGCAAUGCAAGUCUGCUGAGGCCACUUGGUGAAGGAGGCAAAAUGAGAUUGGCUGCUGACUUUGCGCAGAUGGAAUUGGCUGUGGCUCCUCUGUGCAGAAGAGUUGCUGAUCUUGGAAGGUCAUACAGGCUUUUGAGAUCUUUCAGGCCUUUACUGUUUCAGACCAGCGAGCAUAUUGCCAACAGUGCUUCUGUCGGAGAUAUUAUUCCUUACAGUGUCAUCCUACAGUUUCUCUUCACUAGGGCUCCUCCAGAACUGAAAUCACCCUAUCAGAGGGCUGAAUGGUCAAUUGCACGUUACUCCCAGUGGCUGGAUGAUCACCCAUCUGAAAAGGACAGGCUGGUUCUAAUAAGGGGUGCAUUGGAAGCCUAUAUGCAGUCAGUAAAAGCUAGAGAAGGCAAGGAAUUUGCACCUGUGUAUCCAGUCAUGGUCCAGCUUCUUCAGAAGGCAAUGUCAUCUCUACAAUAGCUUCAAGAAUGACAUAAAAGUCUGUACAGUGAAUAUAAUUAUCUGUUUUCUAGAAAUGGGACUGUAAAUGAAAGGGCAAAAUAUAGAAACCAAAUCCAGUGAAUCAGAAUGUUAUUAUGCCUCCUAUUCCCCCAGCUCCAUAGUGCAUCUGUGUAAGGGUCCAUUCAGAUACUAGCUGCCUUUCUUAGACUGGGUUCACAUAUACUGGAAUAAAUAUCACCAAUGUGCAAUAUAGUAGGUUGGAGGAAUGUUACAGAUCUUUUGCAGCAUGCUUAGCUAUUCCAUUUUGUUUUUUCACUCACAGCCAAGGGGAAUAGUUGUGGCCAAAGAUUUACAGGUAGUUUCACCUCAGUGUGUUAAGCUGAAAUAUUUUACUGGUUGAUAAUUCCAAGAAGAGAUGACCGGGCACUGCCUGCGUGAACAAUGCAGGAGGGGGUAGGUUUGGCUAAGGCUGUAACAGGGUGCGCAUCAAAGCAGAGCCAAAAACAUGGAUGGUGCUGCAUGAAAAUAGUGAUUCAAAGCAUAAACGCGAAAGAGGACUAGAGAAGAAAUUGGAGCACGCACCUGGAGAUCCUGCUGCAGCACUUUAUUCUUCAUUCAUGGUGAGAACAUAAAUCAUGCUGUACCCAGUGUCAUGAGCAGAGCUAGGACAGCAGGAGCAUACACCCGGAUGACCAAGUGUAUGCUCCUGCCGUACAACCAGCAGGUAGACAGGACCACGCAUCAAUCUUCCUGUGAAACUGGCUCAACAAGGGCAACAAGUUAUCCGAAAUGAAGUCUUUCAGUUGCACUGUAACCAUUACUCCCAAAUACUUAAAACGGGUCACUAGUUGUAAAAGGGGUAGGGGUAUUAUCGGCAAGGUAAUUGCUGAUAACGUCCAAAAUCGUGAAUAUUGGCCAAACCCUAAAUUGCACCCAGCUUAGAGAGUUCCAAAGCCCAUCCAACGCAUGUCAGCCCACAGGAAUUCCUAGUCAACGCUGUUGAAAGCCUCCUCCCCUCUAAAGGACUGAAUGUUAAGAUGUAGACGUCUUAAAUUAUGGGAAGUGGACCUGUUUGGCAUGAAGCCAGACUGAUCCGGGUGGUUCAAAUCUGUAACUACACAGGAAUGUCUGUUCACUAACACCCGAGUUAGCAAUUUGACGUCAGAAGCGAGAUCGGGCAAUAGGAGUCCAGUAGGCGAAAGGCCUUUCCGAGUUUGGGCAAAACAGCUAUGAUCGCCUCUCUCAUAGAGGGGGAGCAAUUCUCCAACUCUUAAAGCAUCCUCAAAGACCUCCAAUAAUUGAGGAAGUAACACCUCACUGUGCAUCUUGAAGAACUCCCCUGGUAGGCCAUCCACCCCUGGAGCCUUCUCAUUGGCUAAGGACUAGAGAACCAGCUCCAAGUCCUCAGCCGUAAGGUGCUCGUCUAGGUACCAUAUUUCAUCCGGGGAGAGGGUAGGCAAAUGGAUGUCAGCUACGUAGGUGUCCAAGUCAGCAGGAGAAACAGAAGAGAGUCUACUCUAGCCUACUAGUAUACAGGUGUUUAUAAAAAUCAUGGAGGCAACCCGGAAUGUUGGAAUCAGUAUGUGUCCCCAGCAAAAUUAGUCAGUUCAGUUAUAUAUGGAGAACCCGACAGUGCCCGGACGAUAGUAGCCAGCGCUCUCACCAUUCUGAAAGAAGGAUUGCUUAGUGAAGAACCUUUUAUUGUCAGCAACAUUAAGGAGGUGAUCGUUCAAAAGGGUCUGCACCUCCCUACAGUGUGCUUCCGCAACAGCGGAAGAAUCCGCCACAUACAAUGCUUCCAUCUCGAGCACGCUAUGUUGAUGGGUCAGCAUCAAUUACCUGGACUUAGUCUUACGUCGGCUAAUCCUCUGAAUAUACAGUCCCCUGACAUACACCUUCAUCGCCUCCCAUAUCAUAGAAACCGAUGAGGUACCUAAAUUAAGGGAGAAGUAAUGUCUAAGGGCCUGGUCUAUGUCACCCCCCACAUCAACUAGUUGUAACCAGAAGGGGUGUAACGCCACAAAGUAGACAUGGAACGGAAGGAGCCGCCCCAAGCAGUCUCCGGUGUAUAGGGGAAUAGUCAGAGAUACUGCAGGGAAGGUAUUCCAAGUCCCUCACUAAAGGCAAUAAGGAGUAAGUGACCAGUGCUAAAUCAAAUCGGGAAAGGGUCCUAUGGGAACAAGGGGAUAAGAUGGAUAAAGCGGGAAUACCCAUUUAACCUUUAUUCGCUACCUGUGAGGUAUAUAACUUAAGUACCAAAAGUCAUUGGGGCAUUACACAGAAUUUCAAGGCGUCCUCUCUCUGCAUUUAUCUUUCACCAUGUUGCAAGCAUGCCUCCAACCUGAGGAUUGAUAGCCCUCUCUGCAGUGACAGACUGUCAAUCACACAGGAGGUGUGCAUGCAACAGGGUGAGAAAUGAAUGCAGAGAGAGGACUCAGAUCUGCUGUGUAAUGCCCCAAUUACUUCAGGCACUUCAACUUACAUACAACACAGGCAGCAAAGUCUAAUAUUUAAAAACAUAUUACUCAGACACAUAAUGGGCAUUAAAUGACCUGUAUAACACUGACAGAAGCUUUGAAAAGGCUGCUGCCAGCUUCCCUGUAAAGGGGUACUCUGGAGGGGAAAAAUUUUUCAAUUAACUGGCGACAAUGUUAUGCAGAUAUAUAGUAUAAGUAUAUUUU